CCAAAUUAUCUUUCUUGGCUUUAUAUGUUAGUUUAUUUUUUUCUUUUUUUUCGUUUUUAAUUUUUUUCCACAAUAUUUUCAACCUGGGUCUGUGAGGUUUUUCAUUUUUGGCUAUUCAAUGUGAUAGAGACGGUCUUCUACUGCUAGACUUUAUCAUCUUCUUAUAGAGAGAGAGAGAGAGAGAGAGAGAGAGAGAGAGAGAAUGGGGAGGUGGGUUUGGGAGAGGGAAGGGCUGUGAUCUUUCCUUUUCGCGUUGAAUUCGAAUACAGCUUUCUUUGUGACUCAACAAAGAGAGGCAAAGCAAAAAGAUGGAUAGAUAGAGUGAGAGAUAGAUCCCUGUGAUAAACCGAGCGAGCAAAGCUAUAGUCUAAUACCUUGCUGGAUUUUUCCUUUUCGUGCAUCAUAAAGGUGAAUUUUUUGUCAGCAAGUCGUGGUUUUUCGGUCGGUUGGGGAGUCAGGUGAGAAAAUUUGGUGGAUUUUCCUGGAAAAGACGGAAGCUUUCCAUUUUGUAAAAGAGUUCACACUCGGAACCAUUGAUAGAAAGAUAUUGAUUCAAUCAUAGAGGAAUCUGAAAAACCAAGUUCAGAGCAAGGGCAGAGAAAGAAAGAAAGAAUCUCUGUACCAUUUGUUGGUUGGUCUGCUCCAGUUUGGUGUUAUUGAGAGGCAGUGAAAAAUUCAAGUCCGGUUCUAGAUUUCCCGGGAAAGUUCGAGAAAAUUCAAUUCCGGUUCUAGAUUUUCCGGGAAGGUUUGAGAAGAGAUGAGAGCCGGACUAAGCACGAUCUUGCAAACCUUGACGCCGGAGGCGGCGAGCGUGCUGAACCUGUCGAUUGCGGAGGCCGGUCGCCGGAACCACGGCCAGACGACGCCGCUGCACGUGGCGGCAACGCUCCUGGCCUCGCCGUCCGGGUUCCUCAGGCAAGCCUGCAUUCGGUCUCACCCGAAUUCUUCCCACCCGCUCCAGUGCCGUGCGCUCGAGCUCUGCUUCAGCGUGGCGCUCGAGCGGCUCCCCACCGGCCAGGCCACCGUCUCCGGCGUCGAGCCGCCCAUUUCCAAUGCGCUCAUGGCGGCGCUGAAGCGCGCUCAGGCUCAUCAGCGCCGCGGCUGCCCAGAGCAGCAGCAGCAGCCGCUCCUCGCCGUCAAAGUGGAGCUCGAGCAGCUCAUCAUAUCGAUUCUCGACGACCCGAGCGUCAGCCGCGUCAUGCGCGAAGCCAGCUUCUCCAGCCCCGCCGUGAAGGCCACAAUUGAGCAAUCGCUGAAUUCCCAACCGCAGAACAUAAACCCGGCCCCAGUUGGAUUAGGGUUCCGUCCCAAUCCGGUCCCCAUCCCCAGUCGGAAUCUCUAUUUGAAUCCCCGGUUGCAGCAAGGGAAUUCGGCUCAAUCAGGGCAGCAAAGAAACGAGGAGGUUAUCAAGAUUAGGGAUGUGUUGUUGAGGAGCAAGAAGAAGAACCCUAUUUUGGUUGGAGAGUCGGAGCCAGAGGCGGUGAUAAGGGAGCUUCUGAGGAGAAUUGAGAAAGGGGAAUUCGGGGAAGGACCGCUCAAGAGUGCCCAAGUGAUCCCAAUUGAGAAAGAGAUCACUCUUGAUAAAACUCAAAUUCCGACGAGGAUUAAGGAAUUGGGGGCCCUAAUCGAGACCAGAAUGGGGAAUUCCAGCGGUGGAGGCAUUAUUCUUGAUUUGGGUGAUCUGAAGUGGCUAGUGGAGCAGCAGCAGCCUGCCGGGUUGGGGGUUCCCUGCUCCGGCGCGGUGCACCAGCAGGUGGAGUAUGAGGCCGGGAGGGCGGCCGUGGCGGAGAUGGCCAAGCUGGUGGUCCGAUUUGGGGACAGUGGUAGGCUUUGGUUGAUUGGAACUGCUACCUGUGAGACGUAUUUGAGGUGUCAAGUGUAUCAUCCUACAAUGGAGAAUGACUGGGAUCUGCAGGCAGUUCCUAUUGCUUCGAGAUCGCCUCUUCCCGGAAUGUUUAGGAGGCCUGGGCCUCAUGGAAUUCUUAGCAGCUCGGUCGAGUCUCUAAGCCCAUUGAAGGGCUUCCCAAAUGUGACAGCUGCUUUGUCGAGGCGUGCAUCUGAAAACUCAGAUCCUGCUCGAAGAAUGAGCUGUUGCCCACAGUGCACCGACAGCUACGAGAAAGAGCUAGCAAAACUGGUUGCAAAUGUAUACGAGAAAUCCUCUUCUGAAGUCGGGUCAGAGGUAGUAGCUCAGUCAGCACUUCCACUGUGGUUGCAGAAUGCCAAAGCACUUAGCGGUGACACUAAAACAGUGGACCAGUCCCAGACUAAGGAUCAGGAAAUGGUGUUCAAGCAGAAAUCUCAAGAAUUACAGAAGAAAUGGGCUGAUACAUGCUUGCAACUUCACCCUAAUUUCCAUAACAAUCUUGGCUCUGAAAGAGUUGGUCCAGCCUCUGUGUCGAUGACAGGAUUGUACAAUCCGAAACUUCUUGUUCGCCAGCCUCUCCAGCAGAAGUUGCAACAAAUGAAGACUCUCGGGGAAGCCUUGCAAUUGAAUUCUAAUCCGGCGGCCAACCAACCUUCAGAGCGAGCAGGUAGCCCUCCCAGAAGUCCAGUGAGGACAGACCUUGUUCUUGGGCCUACAAAAGUAAGCGACAACACCGCAGAGAAACCCCAUAAAGAUGAUGUUACAGAUUUCUUGGGAUGCAUCUCGCCUGAGUCGCAGCAUAAGUUCCAUGUCGAGAAAUUUGCCAAGGUAGCAGAUGCUGACUCGUUUAAGAAGCUCCUCAAGGGUCUAAUGGAGAAGGUGUGGUGGCAACAGGAAGCAGUUUCUGCAGUGGCUACAACUGUGACCCAGUUCAAAUUGGGCUGUGGAAAACGGCGUGGCAACGGGUCAAGGGGCGAUAUGUGGUUGCUGUUCACAGGUCCCGACAAGGUUGGCAAGAAGAAAAUAGCAUCUGCUGUAUCGGAGCAAUUUUGCGGGACCAACCCUGUAUUGAUAAGCCUUGGAUCCCGUCGCAGUGAUGAGGAAUUAGAUAUGAAUUUCCGUGGUAAAACAGUGCUGGAUCGGAUUGCAGAAGCAAUCCGUAGGAACCCCUUUUCAGUAAUCAUGCUGGAGGACAUUGACGAGGCCGAUAUGCUGGUUCGUGGGAACAUAAAACGAGCGAUGGACAGAGGCCGCCUUGCUGACUCUCAUGGUCGCGAAAUCAAUCUUGGUAAUGUCAUCUUCGUCCUUACAGCCAACUGGUUUCCUGACAAUUUCAAAAACCUAGCUGAUGGCCGUGUUCUUGAUGAGAACAAGCUAGCAUCUAUAGCAACUGGUGGUUGGCAAUUAAGGCUUUCCACUGGUGAAAGGAGAGCUAAGCGACGAGCCGAUUGGCUAUACGACGAAAGCAGGCCUACAAAACCUAGAAAGGAUAUCGGUUCUGGUCUAUCGUUUGAUCUUAAUCUCGCUGCUGAAGUUGAGGACGACAGAACCGAUGGAUCUCAUAAUUCCAGCGAUCUCACCAUCGAACAAGAAGAUGAUCACGGUCCUGAAAACAGCCGAUUUUUGAUAACCUCGGUUCCUUACGAUCUGGCAAGCUCUGUGGACGAAACCAUCAUAUUCAAGCCAGUUCAGAUUGUCUCCAUUCGACGUGAUAUUAAAAGAACGAUUACAGAGAGGUUCUCCGGCAUUGUAGACGGUGAAAAUCUGUUGAUAGAAUUAGAAGAGUCGGCGCUUGAGAAGAUCGUAGCCGGGGUAUGGCUAGGGCGAACCAGCUUAGACGAGUGGCUUGACAAGGCCUUGGUUCCUAGCUUCCAACAGCUCAAGGGAUGCCUGCCGUCUGCCAUGUCGGCCGAUGAGACGGUGGUUGUCCGGCUAGAAUCAGACGGAAACUCCGGCAGCCGAGCGGCAGGGGACUGGCUGCCAAGCAAAGUUACGGUGAAGGUAGAUACAUGAUGAAGUGGAGACUGCCGGAAUAGAUGUAAAUAUGGUCAAGUGGUUUGGCGGGUAAAAAGUCAAAAACAGUUAGGAAAGGUUAAAAGGGUGACGAAGAAGAAAGAAGAAAAGAAAGAUCGUUAGAAGAAAGAGGGGGGAGUCAUUGGUAUAUUAUAUUAAAUGGUUUUCGCCUUUUUUUCUCUCUAGUAGUAGUAUUUAUUACUUUCUUUACAUGCCUUUCUUUUUUAUUCUUAUUACAUUAAUAAUAAUAAUAAUAAUAAUAGUCAUUUUGUUAUUAUAAAAAUAUAUUUACCUAAUUACAUGGACAUUGAUGAUGAUGAUGAUCAAUAAUAUGAGGCAUUCCUCC